UCCUUUCUCCUCCUCCUGCCUCCUUUAGUCCGGCUGUGCCCUGCUCUUCCAGCAGUUGUAUCUCCCCUCGUCGCCAUGUGCUGCUCGGUGGGUUUCACCCGGUCUCUGGGGCUGGCCCUUCUGCCCCUGGCCCUGUGCUGUAUCCUGGCCAACCUGCUGCUGCUGUUCCCCAUGGGGGAGAUCUCCUACCUCCGAGACCAACGGCUGUCCAGCUACAUCUUGUACUUUGGUGGACUAGGAGGCGGAGGACUGCUGAUGCUGGUUCCAGUGACCACCUUCAUCAGUCUGGGGAAAUGUAGCUGCUGCUGGAAUGAGGGUUUAAUGAUGUGUGGUUCGGUAUUGGCUGCGGUGGUGGGCAUGGUUGGUUCUGGCUACUGUUUCGUCCUAUCAGGGAUGACCUUGCUGCAGGGUCCUCUGUGUUUCACUGUUCUGGGCUGGACUUCCCCCUUUUCCGAUGAUGGCGGCAGGUAUCUGCUGGAGCCAGACUCGUGGUCCCAGUGCCUGCAGCCUGUGAGCAUCGUGGAGUGGAACGUGUCCCUGCUCUGCAUUCUGCUGUGCCUUGCCGCGCUGGAGUUCCUCAUCUGCCUGCUGCAGCUGGGCGUGGGGCUGGUGACCGCCGUGUGCAGGCCCUGCUGCUACAAGCAGGAGUACAGCCUCCACGCCUAGAGGAAGAGGAGGAGGAGGAGGAGGACAGGCCUAGAGGAA